AUGCAAACUUCCGCCAUGCCAUCGACUUUGCCAGCCAUCGUGCCCCCGCGCAUCAGCCCCGGCGCCCAGGAACUUAGUACUAGCUACUCCGAUGAGCGCGGCUUCGCGUUGUCAGGCCUUACAGCAGCCUCCGCAGCUCUCCGAGGCGCCUUGUUCGAAGCCACCGGCCGCCCCGGCCCCGGACCCGGACCUGGCCCCGGCCCCGGCCGCCCCCUUAGCGCCACGACCAUAGCGCUCAUGAUGACCCCGGGCCCUAUGGGGGCCCCGGGAUCAAACCCAGGCUCGCCACUCCUCACAUCGGGGGCAAGUGUACCGGGCGGCGGCCCCGGGGGCCCUUCCACCCGGGGGAGCCCGGGGUCUAUCCUAGGGUUUCUGAGUGGGGGCGGCAUGGGGGUUGGGGGAGUGGGCGGAGGGGGCCCCCCGGGGGCCGGAGGGGCAGCAGGCGGAGGGGGGCCCCUGGCGCAGGAGGCCGUUCAGUCGGCGGCAGCUCUGCGGGCGGCGGCGGAGGUGCUCGUGGAGGCGCUGGAGGCGGCGGUGCGGGCUAGGGAAGCUCAGAACCGGGCCAUGCUGACCGCGUCCUCCUCUUCCUCUUCCUCCUCCGGCCCCCGACCCGCUCGCCAUCCCAGCGCCACCGGGCCCGCGGGGCUGUCAGUUAUCGCCUCCACACCCACCUCCGCCACGGAGGAGCGGCUGGGGUGGGUGAGGGCGCUCGUGAAGCAAACGGAGGGCGGGCAGGCGUACGCGGCGGCGGCGGAGGAGCGGGAGAGGGAGAGGGAGCGGCAGACGGCGGGGGGUGAUGCAGGCGGCGAGGUGGCGGCGCCGCCCGGUCCCGUCAGGCGCGGCCCGCUGCCCGCCCUCCGCCCCAGUCGCCGUGAGGAUGUCGUACUGCUGCAAGGCUGGUUGGGGGACAUGUUGCAGCAGGUGGCGGCGGCGGGGGCGGCCAGGCAGCAGCAGGCGGCGUUUCAGGCGGCAGUGGCGGCGGCGGCAGCGGCGGCGCCGGGGACGGCGGGCGCCUCCGCUGCGGCGGGGGCGGUUUCGGAGCCUGGAAUUGCGGCUCAGCAUGCUGCUGAGCUGGCUGACGCUGCGCUUUAUGUGGUUGGGGUUGCCCUGGAGGAGCUCAGGCGGCAGGUGGCGGCGGAGUGCAGGGAUCGUGGAGAGCUGUUGGGCCAUUUGGUGGAGCAGCAGUCCGCCCUGGUGGCGCUGCGGGGGGCGCUGGCGGCGGAGGGGCGGGUGGCGGAGGCCUCGGCGCAGUGGGCGGCGGUUCUGGCGGACCGGGAGAAGGACCGGGAGGGGCUGGCCGCGGGCAGGGCGGCACAGGACGCGCCGGAAACGGAGGGGGCUUCCGUUUCCGUGGCCAGCAGUUUGGCUGCCCAGCUGGUUGCUGCCCACCACGCUGUUGAGGCGGCAGAGCGGCGGUUCCAGCUUGCCGAUGCGGCCCUGGCGGGAGAGGCGGCCCGGAGGGCGGCGGCCGAGCAGCAACUGGAGGCGACGAGGGAGCUGCUCAGGAGACAAGAGCACGAGUGGCUGCACCACCGCGCCGUCAACCAGCGGUUAGAGAACGAGGUCCAGGGGCUGCGGGAUAAGCUGGAGGCGGCCACCCGCACCGCCUCGGUGGCGGAGGCGACUGUGGAGGCGGCACGGGAGCAAACCAGGAUUGGCAGGGAUGACGUCUCCCAGCUGGAGGCCGCACUGGCCCGCAUGCGUCAGCAGUACGAGGGCAACGAGAUCCUGGUGGCCGCCCAGCGGCAGCAGAUACGGGAGCUGGAGGCGGCGCUGGCGGCGCUGAGGGACCAACACAGGGAGCAGGCGCUGGCGCUGGGGAAGGUGGGCAAGGUGACUGAGAAGUACGAGGAGACGGUCGCCGACCUCCGGGCUGACCUGGCGGCCCUCCAGGAGCGUACGGCGGAGCUUGAAGCGGAUUUAGAGAGCCGUACAGCCCGUCUGUCCGAGGUGGAGGAGCGGCUGGCCACGUGCGACGCGGACUUGUCCAUGGUUCGCUCCCAGCUUGUGGCCACGGAGACGGAGGCGGCCAAGGCGGCGAGUGAGGCGGAGGCGGUGCAGCGGCAGAUGCGGCACGAGAUCACGGAUGCUGUGGCUGCGAGGCGGCAGGAGGAGACGAGGAGAGUGGAGGUGGAGAAGGAGACCACCGCCAUGGUGGAGCUCACCAAGGUGCUGGCCCGCACCAUGCAACUCCAGGGAAUGGACGGCGUGCCGGGAGUUGGCGACCGCUCCUGGGAGGCCAACGGGCCCCUGGGGGCGGCACAGAGGGUCCUGGGGCUGGCCGCACAACACGUGGGGACGUUGUACGGCAGUAAGGAGGAUCUGACGCGGGAUCUCCGUACGGUGCAAGUGAAGCUGGCCGAGGAAAAGGAAGUGAACUCCAAAUUGCAGCGCGACCUGUACGACGCUCGUACCACCGAGACUCGCAUGAUUCGCGAGAAGGAGGUGUUGGAGAUGAAGGUGGCCAACCUUGAGCACGACUUGCGUUCUUCUCAGAGUGACGCCACCCGCAGCAAGGCGGCUGCACAGGACAGCGAGGUGAAGCUGAAGAUGCAACAUGAGACUAUUGUGGCGCUGCAGGCGCAGGCUCGUGAGCUGGUCCCCCUGAAGAAGCGAGUGGAGGCUCUCUCCAGCGACUUGGAGGCCAGUCGGGCGAUGGAGGAGGAGCUGCGGAAUAGUCUGGACGUCACCCGGCGGGCGCUGGAACAGUCUGAGGAGCAGAGUCGCUACUACCAGAACGAGGUCCACAAGCUGCAGCACGAGGUGGGCUGUCUGCAGGACCAGAUCAAGGCCCUGCGGGUGAAGGAAGCCAGGCUGGCGGAGGUGGAGGCCAUCAAUAAGGACCUGGAAAAGCAGGUGUUGAACCUGCGUCACCAGCUAGACGUGACGGCGGAAAGCCACACAGACACUAUCCGACAGCUGGAACUGGCCAAAUUCUUUUUGCAGGGGAACAAGUUCAUAGCUCUCUUUUUUGCCAAGAGUUCCAAACACAUAUAUACGCUUGUGCACGCACACCUGACCAACCACCGUCGUACACUCACCAUGACGUACAACGCUUCGCAAUCUGGCCGGUUCGGCUCGCCGCCUGGCCGGUUCUUCCGUGCUUCCGCGGCUGCCAAUACCGGCAUCCCCGGCAUGCCGUACACCGACGGCGCUGCGUCCUUCGGUAGCCUGCCGCCGGGCCCGUCGCCACGCGCUCGUAGUACGGCACCAGGGCCCACGAGUAGCGGCAACGGCCUCCGCAACCGCCCCGGCAGCGCCAUCACACGUCCGGUUCCGGAGGAUGACGAGUUCGACGACGGGUACGACGACAACCUUGACGUGGGUCCGUCGAGCGAGGGCGGCGGCGUCGUCGCCGGCAAGAGUCCCCGCAGCCCGCGGCUCGGCCGCCAGGGAGCCAGAGCGGUGAGCGCUCAUGCGGCGUCGCCGCGGCGCGGCGGCGUCGGCGGCGGCGGCGGCGGAACUGGCAUCGGUAUGAGCCCGCUGUCGCCGCGGCGGCGCACCAGCGGCGGCAUCGCCGGCGGCGGCGGCAGCAGCGGCGCUCUGACGACGCGGUCGCCUCGGGUGAUCUCCCGCAUGAACUCCUCGGCGUUGCGGGAGGUGGAGAGUCGGCCCAUGUCGGGUUUCGGAGCCCAUUCGGUGACGGGACAAGACGACGACAGUGACGAAUACGCGACGGAGGUGUCGACCGUGGUUAUGGACAUUAUCGAGUCGCGCGGCCUCACCCAGCGCAUCCACCGAUCCACCAACAAGUGGGCCUCUGUAAAGAUUGGGAUCAUGGCUUGGUUCUCGAAGAGGCUGAGGGAGAGGCUGAGGGAGGUUUCGGAGCAACUGGCAGCCAAGGACCUGGAGAUUGCGCAGCUGCAUUACAACUAUGUGAAGGAGAUGCGGAUGCGUGAGGAGUUCAUCUGUACGGAGCUCAUACCCACCCUGUUACCUACCGUGGAAAGCGGCCUGAAGGACUCCCAGCGCGAGUUGCAGCAGCUGAGAGCCGAACUGCCCUCAGCGCGGAGGGAUCUGGACGCGCUGGCCGGGGCGUGUGCCGUACUGGGUUUCAGUCUGCAGGCGUACAGGGACAGGGAAACACACGCCGUGUGUGUGGGCUGUCAAACCGACACGGAGUGCCCGGAUGAGUGGUACCGCUUCGCCAACCACCUGCCCCCCCUGGCCCCCCGCCUGGUGCUGUCACUGCCCGCCCUGCUGGAGACGAUUGUACGGAUAUACGUACGGGCGGCUGGGACGGUGGAGGAGGUGCCCACCUGGGGCGCCCCCCGCCACGACACCAUCCACGACGCUAUCAUGGCGCACUACACCUCCCAGCGGGCACCCGGGACCUUCCGACUGGAGCUGCUGAAGGACCCCGAGUCGCCCGUGGCGCGACUGCUCACCUCGGCGCAGGCGCAGGCACGAAACACAAAGGUCGCCGCCUUCCUCUACUUCCUGAACCUCUCCCCGGAGGGUGUUCACUGGCCCGCGCCCUCCUGGCAUUUCUUCCUCCACCUCCUGCACUGCCUGCGGGUGCUGCUCAGCGGCACCUGGCGGAUUGUAACCAAGCGCUGGGGUACGGCGGAGGGGGUGCAGAUCCCCAUGCCUGCCGUACUCGAUUUGGUUGGCAACGUGUUCAACGUACAGACGCCGGGCGAGCUGGACGGCGCGCUCAGUGUACGACUGGCGGCGAUUGUGACUCCAGGGGUGGCGGGUCCGGCGGUUGAUUUGGAUGCGCUUUUGUUGCUAUUGAUACGGGAGUACAACGCGGACGCCGACGCCGCGGCCGGGGAGGCUACGGCGCCGCCGCGGCAUGGCGUUCGUUGGGGCCCUGCGGCCCUUCCGUCCCCUCAUUACCACCACCACCAUCAACAGCAACAGCAACAGCAACAACAGCACCACCAUCAGCACCCGCAAGGUCCGGGGGGGCAUAUGACUGUAAAUUUCCAGAUCAGCCACGAUCAGCAUUCCGCAGCAGUUGUAGCACAGGCACCGGCGGCGGCGGCGGCGGCGGGCCUACAGCCCACCCCGGGCGGGCCCCCUGGUGCAGGGUACGGCUACGGGUACGGUGGAGGGGACGGCGCUAACCGGCUGACAGCGCUGCCGCCUCCGCCACCGCGGCCCCGCAAGUACUGA